AUGCAUCGAGAAUCGCACGAAGAAAAACCACUGAUCGCCAGGGUCGUUAUGAUUUUGUUAUUAACCCUUCUUGCCUCAGCUGCCUUGCUUGGUAAUGGUUUUGUUCUUGCAAUCAUCGGUCGCUUUAAAUCCUUACGAACAGUUCAUAACAUUCUCAUCGCCAAUCUCGCUGUUGUGGACCUUCUCAGCGCAGCUAUAAACGUGCCUAUUUAUAUGAUUAGCUACGUUUGGGGGACGAGUUGGUUGAGAGGGAAGAUUCUGGCUAUCAUCAGCAGCAGUCUGUAUCGGUUAUUUUUGAUGUUGAAUCUUGUCUCCAUGCUCGCCAUGAUGAUAAAUAUGUACUUGGCCAUCUCCUUUGGUUUGAGAUAUCUCGCUUGGAAGACGAAGAAAAAAGCCCUGAUUUGUGCGUUUUUCAUCUGGUUCGCGUGUAUCGUUAUGGCGACCUUGUUUGCUUUGCCUCUACUCGAUAUCGAUCUUGGCGAUGCUCAUGUCAGGGAAUACAGAGCAGAGAUCUUCGAACAAGUGAAGUAUCCUGUUGCUGCAAGCACGUCGAUCCUCAUCAUCUGUAGUGCUUUGGUCUCUUUCCUGACAGCUUGUGCGAUAAAGAGGAAGAGAAUGGAGGUAGACAUUUCUUUAAUUUUGUAGUCGUAGGAAAUAUAAGUUAUGAUUUGACUGAUCAAGGAGAUAGAAUUCUCGGCGUCGUUAUCAAUAUGCUGAAUUUGAUUUGAAAAUUGUGCGCUUAAAUUGAAGAAACACAAACACCCGCCGGAUUCUUCAAUCGAAGUCCGGCUAUGGCUGCGGUAUUAAGCAAUCAAUGGACCGCGAGAUUUCUUUCUUUCAGAAGGCUUUUUGAGCGAAAUGAAGUUUUUAGUUGCAAGUAUUCUUUGCGUUUUUUCGUCAAAACAACGUUUGGAUGAAAUUUUAAGCAUUUUUAGAGAUAGUUUGGCUAAAAGAUUGACAAAGUGUCGGUGAUCAUUUCUCAAAAGCUUUUAAUUAUGUAGUCAAAAAAUACCUUAUCUUUACUGCCUAAAUGACACUCUUUAUAUUACAGUUUAGUGAUGCCUCGUUUUAGCUCAUAUCGUCUUAAUAUUUCGAAUGCAGUAUCUCAAUCAUCAUUUUCUAUCGAGGUGACCUGAAAGCAGUAAACGUACUUGACGUCUUCACAUUAUUUUUAGAGGAAAGAGAUGAAUUUGCCUUCCUCUCAAGCUGAAGCCCGAUUGAGGGAGGACGUGAGAGCGACCAAAACCAUCGCCAUUACAAUAGCUGCCUACUUCUUCUGCUUUAUUCCUACCACCGUGUUUACAGCAGUGGUUUAUAAGGAAGAUGACGACGAUGAUUGGCUUUCUUUUACUGCUUCUAGCAGCAUUGCUUUCUCGAGCACGGUGAACCCGAUUAUCUACUUCACAAGAACGAGACGCUACCUCUCAGCUUUCAAACAGCUCCUAAAAAACCCUUUUGGAUCAAGCGACUACAAAGAGAGGUCAAACUUCAAUAACACUCGAGUGCUCGUAGGAAAUAGAGAUAGCAUUGGACAAGAAAAUAGCCUUGACCUCAAAAUGGAUGGAAACUCAAAAGGAGAAGCGUAUGCAGGCAAACGAAGAAAUUCAUUGGCUAUUCUAUCAACUGAAAGUGUAAGGGUUCAUGAGGCCAUUUAUUAUGCAGAUGAAAAACAGCUAUGCUGGGAAGGACAAAUGUCUAAAUGUGGAGUCCAAGCCUUCGAUCAGUUUAACGGAGAGGAAAUGAAAGGAGGACAUGACAUACUGAAUAAGACGAGAAGAGAAAAAAUUCAGGAACGGUUGUCCCCUGUAUUUAGCGUUCAUUCUCUCGAAGUGGUUGCAGCACACACGGCCGCCGACAGUUCUGGUGGAGCAAAACGAAUAGAAAGCGCUCACCACUUUAGGAGGGAAGAAAAAGGAAAAGAGUUUUCCGGAAAAAGAAAAGGCACCGUUUCAAGUAGUCUGGUGUUGCUAAAAGUGCGGAAGGCGGCAUGGCAAGCCACUGAGGAGGAAGACAUAGGUCAGGCUAUGUCUUAA